AUGAGGUCACAAAGAGAAAAACAGACCAAGUCCAAGAUUAGGGCCAAGAACUCAGAUAAUGGCGUCCCUGAUUCCCCAAACGUUGUAGAGAAGUGGGGCAAGCAGGUUGAAGGAUGGUUUGCCCAGGCGAAGCCUGACGACAAUGGCAGAGUGAAUGGCCAUGAUGCAGUGGCGUUCUUCAAACGGUCGGGCCUCGAUUAUGACGAUCUUGCAAAGGUGUGGGAUAAGGUGGUUCCACCAAAGGAUGACAAAAUGGACAGACGACAGUUUGAGAGCGCUCUGAAGCUGGUAGCACUCUUGCAGACUGGUGGUGAAUUGUCAGAUAAGACUGCUGUCGAAGCCAUCGCACAGGCCGUGCCUGACCCAGAGCCAGUGAUUGGACCCUUGGAACGCUCGCCCUCACCAUCUUUGAUACCAUGUCCACCUUGCCUGAAUCCGCAUGCUGGUGAAACUGGCUGGCUGUCCAAAAAGGCUUACGUCUCCAGCAGGCUGCCCGCUGGGGAUGAUCGGAUAGGCAAGACGCCCAGUGGGUCGGCCAGAUCGACAGUUGCAGAGAACGGGGCAGCAAGGUCACGGUCCUUCACUGGCAUGCCCAGCAGCAGGUAUAAUGAUGAGGGUGCCAGUCACAAGACGCCUGGCAAGGGCGAACAACCUCCGCCAUCGAAUGAGAGAAUACGGUCAGCCAGCAUGCCUGGCAGGCUGAAUGAAGAUCCAGACCAGCUGGGCAGGCCUGCGACUGGUGCCCUGAGGUUUGUGCGACUUGAUAAGAAGGUUGUGAAAUCGUCGACCAUGCCAAAGGGGAUCGGUGGGGGGCGGCCCGGGCUUGCAGUGGCUGCAGAAAGGGAUGAGCAUCCAGUGGAAGACGAGUAUGUGGGGGACGUUGAUGAGGAAUGGACAGUGCUGUCGGACAGGGUUGAUCGGGGUAAGGAGCAGAGAGCAGUCAACAAAUCCAGGAGGGGCAAUAACAGGACACCAGGUACUGCUGUGCCCUUCAUGGAUGGCCGUGUCUAUGGCUUGGGCACGCAGUCAGCCCCAGCUUCAGCAUACAAUAGUCUGAUCGCCGGCGCCAGGCCUUUGGAAGGCAGUCUUGAAGACGUGAAAGAGCAGGCCAAUAGGGACAGCCCCAUACCCGACAGAUUAGACUCGGCUGAUGAGCAUGUUGCCAGAGGCAGUCCUAUACCGAAGAGGCGUGCCUCAGCUGACUAUUAUGUAGGCAAGGGCGGCCACAAGUCCGGCAGGUCGCCGCAGGGCAGUGACUACCCUGACAACGAUGUUGCCAAGCCGGCCAGGUCCACAGUGGCCGACGAUCGUCGAGGCAGGACUAGGAACGUGUUGGACGGUUCUCAGCCAGUGGAUGAUGUCCUGGCCAGAGAGCUCCCGGUCCCUGGUCAAUCAAAAACAGAGAAUGAUGCGGCUGGAGGCAGGCAGAGUCCUGGCAGGGUGGCUGCUGAUGCUGGUCCUGUUCCUGGGACAUCGGGAAUGACUGUUGACAAGGGGGCUACCCAAGGCAGUCCCAGUCCAGGCAGAGGUGGGGAGCGAGAGGCACGUACUGGCACAGGGUCGACGACGUCCGGGAGGCCUGCAGAUGCGAAUGUCCCUGAGGUUAAGACGAGGACCAGGCCACGCAGGUUUGAAGAGAUGCAUGAUGACGAGAGGGGGGGCGUUCCGCCAGGGAGGUUUGCGGAGGCUGAGGAGCAGGUGAACAACAAUAAUUCUGUGAACAGCGUAUCUGCAGGCGACCUGGCACCAAGGGGGGUGAGCAUGCAUAGCAGAUCAGUGGCUAUUAUACCAUAUGAUGAAGACGAUGAGGACAGCAGGGACCAUCCUGAGAGGUUGGGCUACAACCCUGAACGUCCCAUGCUGAGGUCCUUCACACCCACCUCACUAGGUGGGCGGUCUUCUCGUUCUCAGACCCCUGCCUUCAGCGAUGACAUUAUGUCCCAACUGGCUGGCAGCGAUCUGACCAAAGAUGCCCAGGAGCCAUGUACAGCAGGCUUGGUCAAUGUUGAGCUGCGCCUGCCCCCUCUUCGCCCCACCACCAGUGCCAAACUGACUAAGGUUGCAGCUGUGAAUGGGUCAUUGGUGGCGUUCCCAUCGGUGACUGGUGGCUUGCUUCAGUGGAUUGGCAUCCAGGACAGCCUUGAUGGGACAAGAGAUUUGGCCAGGUGGGUUACAGGUUUGCUUCACUGA